GUGGGGUAAGUAAGACUCCGACAAGGACUUGGAUGAAUCGCGGCUUCUUCACGAUUUGAAGUCAAAUAUCACCUGACGAACAUAGCUCUUGUUACUAAGUGAAACUUCAAAACUUGAAGCCGCCAAGAUGGUGAACAUAACGGAGAAGAUCAAGGAGAUUGAGGAUGAGAUGAAGAGGACGCAGAAGAAUAAGGCCACUGAAUACCAUCUUGGACUUCUGAAAGGGAAACUCGCACGCUUACGAGCGCAACUUCUCGAACCUGGUCCUGGAGCGGGUGGUGGGGGUGGCGCUGGUUUCGAUGUCAGCAAGAGUGGUGAUGCCCGAAUAGCACUGGUGGGCUUCCCGUCGGUGGGCAAAUCGACAUUCUUAUCCAAAGUCACGAAAACGAAAUCCGAAGUCGCAUCCUAUGCCUUCACAACUCUGACUGCUAUUCCCGGCGUGCUUGAGUAUGGUGGAGCAGAAAUUCAACUACUUGAUCUGCCCGGUAUUAUCGAAGGAGCCGCGGAAGGCAAGGGUAGAGGGCGACAAGUUAUCUCGGCUGCCAAGACAAGCGACCUCAUCCUCAUGGUCCUAGAUGCUACCAAGAGAGCAGAGCAAAGAGCUUUGCUAGAAGCUGAAUUAGAAGCCGUCGGCAUUCGGCUGAAUAGGGAACCCCCGAACAUAUAUCUGAAAGCUAAGAAAGCUGGAGGGAUGAAAAUCAAUUUUCAGUCGUCGCCGAAACAUCUAGACGAGAAGAUGGUGUACAACAUCUUGCGAGACUACAAGAUGCUGAAUUGCGAGGUCCUAGUCCGAGAUGAUGAGGCAACAGUCGACGAUUUAAUUGAUGUCAUCAUGAAGGACCACCGGAAAUACAUCAAGUGUCUUUACGUCUACAACAAGAUCGACAGCGUCUCGCUCGACUUCCUAGACAAAUUAGCACGCGAGCCAAACACCGUCGUGAUGAGUUGCGAAUUAGAUCUUGGUAUUCAGGAUGUGGUGGAUCGGUGUUGGAAGGAAUUGCAACUGAUUAGGAUUUACACGAAGAGGAAAGGCAUAGACCCUGAUUUCAGUGAGGCGUUGAUCGUACGGAAUAAUGCCACCAUCGAGGAUGUUUGCGACCGAAUCCACAGAACUCUGAAGGAUACCUACAAGUAUUCGUUAGUAUGGGGUGCGAGUGCUAGACAUAUUCCGCAGAGGGUUGGCUUAGGACAUGUCGUGGCAGACGAAGAUGUGGUCUACGUAGUUAGCGGGUACAAGGCGUAGCAUAGCAUCUUCAAUCGUGCAAUACUCCCUGAAGAGAGC